CCUUGUUGCUUCGUGUGGUUGUUUUGCAGUUUUGUUUUGGUGUUUUGCUUUGCUUUUCGCCUUGUGUGCGCGCGCCCGAAGAAGAGGCAGAAGGCCUCGAUCGCCUUGUUUUGGCUUUUCGCUUGCUUCCUUGCUGUUUUGUGCUUGUGGUGUGUCUAUUUUGUUGGCCACCACUCCCUCCCUCCCUCCCUCUCUCUCCCUCACACCGUCUUGCGUGUCUUGUUCUUCGACCGUGAGUGAAGUUGUGACACGCGUUGACGUGACUGUCCUUCUUUUCGUGUUUGCGUGCCUGUUGCGUCGUCUCCCCAGCGACUGCGUGGGAGCCAGUUUACGCUCACGAGCCAGCUCCAGCACGCAAUAUUGCCCACCACACCAUAGUAACCUUCCUCCAGAUUCGAUUCGCAGCAGCUCGAUCCAACACAAGCAAGCAGCACGCAACACAACACACACGCCAAAAGUACAACCCACACCAACCAAUAUGGAAGGUGAUCCGGCAACAAAGGCUGUGCCCGCCACAACAACAACAGCAGCACCACCAACGGCCACCCCAGCCACCACAACAAACGCCGUGACGCCAACACCCGCUGUUCCCCAGCCGGCAACACAUGCUCCCCAGCCAACAAACCCGAAAAUGCAGCGCGUGUCGCCUGCAGAUGACCACCAGUCCAUGCAGUCUUCGCAGUCGUCUGGCACCCUGGACAGCAGCGCAGACACGCCAGAGCCCCGCAACAACCUCAUCAUCAACUACCUGCCACCAUCUGUGACGGAGAGCGACCUUCGCGAACUCUUCAAGCCCUUUGGAACCAUCAAAGCGAUCAAGAUCAUGACGGACCGAUACACGCACAAGAGCCUUGGCUAUGGCUUUGUUGAGUUUGAGACCGCCGAGGAGGCUGCCCGCGCCAUCCAGGCCAUGAACGGCCGCCAGUACAUGAACAAGCGCCUGAAAGUUUCGAUUGCUCGCCCCUCCAGCAGCUCCAUCACGGGCGCCAACCUCUACAUCAAGAACCUUCCACGGACCAUCACGGAGGACCAGCUCCGCGCCAUCUUCAACCCGUUUGGCGAGAUCAUCUCUGCUCGCCUGCUCUACGAUGGGGACGUUCCAAAAGGCAUUGCAUUCGUCCGCUUUGACAAGCGCGCUUGUGCUGAGCGGGCAGUUGCGGAGCUGAACAACACCGUCCCUGCCAACUGCUCCCAGCCAAUUGCCGUCAAGUUUGCAGAUACCAACAGGCGCAGCCGCGCCCCAUCAGGCUCCUCUGCAGGCAUGCAUCAAGGAAGCAUGAUGGCAUACCCGUCCAUGCCCAUGCCCUAUGGUGGCGGGUUCCAGCAGCCGCAGCCGCAGCCGACGAUGGCUCCGCUCCAGCCGGGAUUCGUGCCCAUGUCGCCCGACAUGCUCCCGCCCUCCGCCCGCACCCCAUACGGCUACUGCCUGUUUGUGUUCAACCUCCCGCCUUUUAUGGACGAGGACGGCUUUGCUCGGCUCUUUGCCAACUUUGGUGGCGUCGUGUCCGCCUCCAUCUCCCGCAAGUCGCUCAGCCAGGCCAGGCGUUAUGGCUUUGUGACGAUGCGUGACUUUGGUGAGGCCGCCACCGCCAUCCAAAACCUCAACGAUUACGACGUCUUCGGCUACCGGCUCAGCGUGUCGUUCAAAAGCAACCGGCGGAAUUCGCGCCACGGACACCCCAACUCGCACGCUGCACACCACGCCAUGGCGCCGCCCCCACCGCCACACAUGUACAUGGGGCCAUACGGGCAUCCAAUGGCCAUGCCACCACACCAGAUGCAGCUGCCCAUGCAGAUGCAAGGCCAGAUUCAGGGCAUGCAGGUGCAAGGGUUGCAGGCUAUGCAAGGCCAGGCUCCCAUGGCCAUGCAAGGCCAGGGUCCUAUGGGCAUGGCAGCACCGCCACCGCCCCCUCACCAUCACCAGCAGCAACAGCAACCGCAGCAGCAGCAGCAUAUGCAAGGCGUGCCAACCAGCAUCCCUACCGCCUACUCACAUGCGGGUGCGCUUGCAGCCUCAGCGUCGCUGAUGUGAUGAUGCACGGAGGCAGACCCCCAUACUGAAGCGAUCAAGACAACAACCAACCACCAACCACCAACCAGCACAAUCCUUACUAACCCCUGUGCUGUGGAAGUCAUCCGCGUGGACACGUGCGCGAUGUUCCACAACAACAACAACAACAACAACA